AUGGAUCUCAAAGGUUCAGUGGACCUGGACCCACAUCGUGUCAAGAGGAAGACCCUUGAGGCUGUUCUCUUACAGUGUCAGAGAGCUCUCGAAUUGAUUAACGCUGCUUCUCCUUCUUCCCCCGUCUCUGCUCAGGUGGAAGAAGAGGAUUGUGAGGCUGAAGGCCAGGGUGACGCCACUGCGUCAACCGCGGUAGCUGAUCCUGAUGCCGACGAGUUAUGUGAUCUGCUAAAAUCAAGAGUUGAAUGUUCUGCCUUUCUUCAAAAGUUGGAAGGUGCUCAGGCUGCAGUUUCACAGAAUAUAGAUGAGGAAGGUAAUUCUUGGGAUAUGGUUAGUGAAAAUGAUCUCUGGGAAGGCCAUCGUGAUGACUCAGACCAACAAGAUUUUGUUCUUGUUAGACAAGAGGAUAUAGUGGAGGGCAUUGCAUGCUUCAUGGCUGCAUAUUUGCUAUCUAUCAAGCAGACUAAGGUGCAAAUUCCAAUUGGGGAAAAUGAUUUGUAUCUUUCUCUAAAGGAUUUGACGCCUAUGCAACUUCAGGACGCGCUUAGCAAGACAUUUUCUGUGAAAAAGAAAAAGGGAAAGCUACGAAAGGCUUGGGAUGGGAGCAAAGUUAUUUAUAAUGUUGCAUCGUGGGGGGCUACGGCCAUAGGGAUAUAUCAAAACCCUGUUAUUCUUGCGGCCGCAACUAAAGCAUUCUGGACUUCUUGUCAUGUUAUAUCGAAGCUUCUCUAA